AGAGUCCAUGGAUGCUUUAAAUAAUCAGAAGCCGUAGAAACGGGUUGGUUCUUCCACUGGUCACGUUUUGUGCGCACUUUCCGUUUGUUUAUUUGUCCGGGAAGCUUUAAGAUAAGGAGGUCAUACUUUUCUUGAUCUCGAUCGCAGCUCUCUGGAGUCUGUUCGUCAAGCAGACGGUUGAGGAGGACGAACAUUGGAGAGAAAGGGGAGGGUUGAAUCGGCAGAGUUGGGGUCGAAACAGGGUGAUCGGCGUUUCCUUCUCGAUCAAAACCCUAGGGUUUUGUUGAGAGCCUGGGUUCUGCUGCCAUGUCUGCAGGUGUAUGUGGUAAGCGCCUAGGGUUCGAGGAAAUCUUCGGAUCUCCAUCAUCGGCCCCAUCUGCGAAGAGAUCUCGUUGCUCGAGCUACGGUUCUCCUAUCCGUCUAUCGGAAUUCGGAUUCGCGGUCGAGGAUAAGGUCUCCGUUCUUCUUCGCAUGUUCCCGUCUAUGGAUAGGGAGGUUGUAGAAACUGUUUUAAAUUCCCAUGAUCAUAAGAUUGAUGAUGCCAUCAAGAGUCUCCAUGCACUUUGCCUUCGCGACAAUUCAAUUAGGGGUGAACCUGUGAUUGGGAGCUCAGAGUUUGAAUCCAAAGAAAAUGGCAUUGAAGGUGUUAAGGAUGCUCAAAUACCUGAACUGAAUGGUGAGGUCAUUCAUAAUGUUGAAUCCGAUUCCAAGUCAAGGGAAAUUCAUGGAUCCUCUUGGGUUGACGUACUGGUGCAAGAAAUGAUGAAUGCUUCUGAUUUGAGUGAUGUUAGAUGCCGAACCAUGAAGAUUUUGGAGUCUUUUGAACAGAUGGUUGUUGCUCAUUCUAAUGCAUCAAAGGAGCAAGAGAUUGCUUCUCUUAAGGAGCAACUGCAGUGCUUGUUAAGAGACAACCAAAUCCUGAGGAGGGCUGUUGCAAUACAGCAUGAACGUAAUUUAGAAUUGGAGGAGAAGGCAAAAGAAGUACAGCAAUUGAAGAAUAUAAUCAGUCAAUACCAAGAGCAACUCCAAACAUUGGAGUUGAACAACUAUACCCUGAAGAUCCAUCUCCAGAGGGCUCAGGAAGCAAAUUCCAUUCCUGGCCGUUUUCAUCCAGAUAUAUUCUGAUUGCUUACUAACUUGGAAUUUAUCCCCACCAAUGGAGUGUCCGUAUUCAUCACAGGUGUUAAUUAUUUAAGGAAUAGAGUUGGCUUCUGAAGCUGGUAAUUUGCACUAUAUAGUCCUGUUUAUGCGUCUCUUCAAUUAUCUAUUUAUUUUCUGUUAAGCUUUGGUUGUAAUACUGCAAAUCAUUAUUUUGGUUUUCUGCUGAUGGAAGCACCGUUAUUUAUGCUUA